CAUAAAGUUAAUAAAAUUAAACCAACCAAGAUGAUAAAACUAUUAUUCUUAGCCGCGUUUAUUACUCUAGGCUCGUGCCAACUGUUUGGCCUAUUUGGGCCACCCAAACCGGCUCAAUUUACCACCAAGUUCAAUCUAUACACGCGUAAUAACAAACAAACUGCCCAGGUGCUCACAUCGCGCGACGCUGGCAAUCUGGCCGCUAUCACCAAGACCAAUUUCAAGGGCUCGCUGAUGACCAGGUUUAUUGUCCACGGCUUUGUCGACACCACGUCUGCCAGCGUAUGGAUGGGCAAAAUGAAGGACGCGUUUUUGGAUGCCGGCGACUGUAAUGUGUUUAUUGUCGACUGGAGUGCCGGUAAUGGAUUUUUGUCUUAUGAUCAGAGUGCUUCUGGAUUAUCUGUAGCCAAUGUGCAUAUAUUGGGUCAUUCAUUGGGCGCACACAUCGCCGGAUACGCUGGACAGGCAUUUAACGGACAGUUAGGCCGUAUCACUGGCUUUGACCCGGCUGGUCCUGGUUAUGCCGGUAAAGAUACCAAAGACAAACUCAAUCCAUCGAACGCUCAAUUUGUGGAUGCUAUACACACCGACACAUUCCCAUUGAUAGGGUUGGGUAUAAACGAGAACUCGGGUCACGUGGACUUUUACCCUAACGGCGGUCACGAUCAACCUGGUUGCGUUAUUAACCGAUUGGGCGCUAUGAUCGAUAACGGUUUAUACGGUGGUUUUGCGUGCAGUCACUUUAGGUCAGUAGAGUUCUACACGGCCAGCCUAAACCCCAAUAACCCUAAGGGUGUGGCCACCCAGUGCUCGGACUACAGUACAUACCUGUCCGGUGAUUGCGAUGAUAGUGCCGGUGCUAAUGGAGGCACUGUUGUAUUGGGUGAACAGGCAAUACUGGCCAAGCCUUACGAGAGCAUCACUGUUGGCAAUAAAUAUUAUUUGGCCACGGGCGCUUUCUAUCCGUUUUUUGAAACUAAAUAAUUAAUAAAUUUUGAUAAUAAUAAAAAUACUG